AUGCUCUUUAACGACACUGCUUCUCUGGCAGUUGCCCUGUUUACUGCUGUGGCAACUGCUGCUUCGGUUCCGGCCUGGGAGGAUUGGGCACAUGGCCGAGUCCAACUCAAGAAUGUUAGCAUGCAUUUCCGUUAUGCCGGCAGUGGUCCUCCAUUACUUCUCGUACACGGAAAUCCUCAACACAGUAUCACCUGGCGUCUUUUAGGUCCUGCUAUGGCAGAACAUUAUACCGUUAUCGCACCUGACAAUCGUGGAAUGGGAGAUAGCAGUCUUGCUCCCAAUGCCGAUUAUACUGCGGCUUCUAUGGCUUCAGAUCUUGAGGGAUUGCUAUCCUUCCUCAACAUCAAUAAGACAUUUGCCUUCUCGUACGACAAGGGAGUUGGCGCAGCUGUAGCACUGGCAGCGAAUAAGCCUUCUCUGAUUCAAGCGUUAGCUGUCUCGGAGUAUGCACUGCCAGGUUUCGGCUACGAGAGCUUGUGGACUCCUCAGUAUAACUGGGAUGCGUAUGGCAACUGGGAAUUGGCGUGGUGGAGUGUGCCUGAGGCUGCCGAACGCUUUAUUCAAGGGCGUGUGCGCGAGGUUAUCGGAUGGUUCUUUUACCAUACCUCAUAUUCAGGCGCUUCCUCUAUCCCGUUGUCGGCUGUGGAUGAGGUUGUUGAUAGUAUCAACAAACCAGGCUUCCUCAGGAGCAUGCUAGGCCCCUUUGCUGCCUCUACCAUGGGAGCUGAUGCUGCAUUCUUUAAUUCUACCAUACGCCAGCAUCCUCUGCCAAUGCCGUUCCUAGGAUAG